AUGAACGGAGCCCCCCCAGAGCUUCAGACGCAACUGAACCAGCUGGAGCAUGAGUACCAGAAACGGCGGACACUCUUGCUAUCACAAUACCUGGGGGGCUCAGCAGUAGCUACAGAUAUCAAGGGCCUGCGAAUACACUCUCCUGAUGACAGUGCUCACCCCUCUAACGAUGGAUCACGCAAAGCCUCCCUGGCUGCCCUCAGUGCGAAUUCGAACCAAUCUUCGCAAUCUCUUACCACGUCGAAUACAGCUGGAGGGUCGGACACAAUGGCAAGCGACUUUGGCAGUUUUGCAAGUAGUCGAGCUCAGCAAGAGGGGUACACUGCGCCUCCCAGACAGCUACAACUCGGAGUCCAUAACCCAGGACCACAACGAAUGUCGUCUUACGGCAACGAAACAUUUCUACCUGCAGCCUCUAUGUUUGGAGGAAAUUCCCCGGAGCCAACAAUGACCAUGACUUCAACCGUGUCAGGCGCAAACUAUGCAUUCAACCCUGCAUUUCAGACGGGAUACAUGCCGCAAGCAGGAAAUGCAUACCAAAGCCGAGCUGCGACGAUGAUGGAUUCGCAUGGUACAAUGCUGGGCGAGUCGCAACAAGGCUAUUUUUCCGAUUUUGCCAGCGCCGGUCAACAAGCUUACGAGCAUGGCCGUACCAAUUCCUACGGUGGAGGGCCUCAAAGAUACUCAUCCAGCGACGCUUUUUCGCCAACAGCCGCAAUGGCUCCCCCGAUGUUGACUGCGAGCGAUCUGCCUCCCCCAGAUGCGCUCGAAUACCAGAUGCCUUUGGAGCCACGAGAUGUUCCGUUUGCCGUAUUCGAUCCCCAUGAUAAAAAUACCCCAAUGUCCAAAUUUGACAAUAUUGGUGCUGUACUGAGACACAGGGCUCGAACAAUAGGGAAGUGCCCUGCGUAUUGGGUUCUGGAUGCCAGGGGAAAGGAGAUUUCAUCCAUUACGUGGGACAAGCUCACAAGCCGAGCCGAAAAGGUAGCUCAAGUUAUCAGGGAUAAGAGCUCUCUCUAUCGCGGAGACCGAGUUGCAUUGAUCUACCGUGAUUCGGAGAUUAUUGAUUUUGCCAUUGCCCUCCUCGGCUGCUUUAUUGCUGGCGUCGUGGCCGUUCCCAUCAAUGACUUGGAAGACUAUGCGAAACUCAAUGUGAUCUUGACAUCAACACAAGCACACCUUGCACUGACUACCGACAAUAAUUUGAAAGCUUUUCAGCGAGACAUCACCACACAAAAACUCAGUUGGCCCAGGGGGGUAGAAUGGUGGAAGACCAACGAGUUCGGAAGCUGGCAUCCAAAGAAGAAAGACGAAGCCCCGGCAUUAGCGGUCCCGGAUCUUGCUUAUAUCGAGUUUUCGAGGGCGCCAACUGGGGAUCUACGCGGAGUGGUUAUGAGCCAUCGCACAAUUAUGCAUCAGAUGGCUUGCCUUAGUGCCAUAUUCUCAACUGUGCCAACAGGCGCCGCAGGGGACACAUUUCAUACGAGUCUUAGAGACAAAAACGGUAGAUUGAUGGCCGGUACCAGCAAGAAUAGCGAGAUCCUGUUGUCUUACCUUGAUCCCCGUCAAGGAAUUGGCAUGAUCCUCGGCGUUCUGCUGACCGUGUACGGCGGGCAUACCACUGUCUGGAUGGAGAAUAAGGCCGUUGAGACUCCUGGCCUGUACGCCCACUUGAUUACUAAGUACAAGGCGACAUUGAUGCUGGCAGAUUAUCCAGGGCUCAAGAGAGCAGCUUACAACUAUCAACAAGAUCCCAUGACCACCAGGAAUUUCAAGAAAGCAAUGGAGCCCAACUUUCAGCACGUCAAAAUGUGCUUAAUAGAUGCACUCACAGUUGAUAGCGAAUUCCACGAAGUACUAGCGGACAGAUGGCUUCGCCCGAUGCGAAAUCCUCGAGCACGGGAACUAGUAACUCCAAUGCUGUGUCUGCCAGAACAUGGAGGUAUGGUCAUAAGCAUGAGAGAUUGGCUUGGUGGAGAGGAACGAAUGGGCUGCCCUUUGAAAUUAGAUAUAGGAUCGGACGACGAUUCGAUCGAGGAGAAGGCUGGUGAGAAGGAAAAGGGUAAAUCCACAUCGAAUGGGUUCGGUAGCCUCAUCGGCGGUGGCCACAAGGCAACAGUUGAGCAAAAAGAACGGACAGAGUUAAGCGAGGUUCUCUUGGAUCGGGAAGCUCUGAAAACCAACGAGGUUGUAGUUGUCGCUAUUGGAGAUGAGGCCCGAAAGAAAGCUGCCACUGAGCCGGGUACAGUACGAGUGGGCGCAUUCGGCUUUCCCAUACCAGAUGCUACGAUGGCAGUUGUGGACCCCGAGACUGGGCUACUUGCGACACCCCAUUCUGUGGGUGAAAUAUGGGUCGAUUCCCCAUCUUUGUCAGGAGGCUUUUGGGCAUUGCCAAAGCACACAGAGCAGAUCUUUCACGCUCGGCCUUACAAGUUCGAGCAGGGCGAUCCCACGCCCAUGAUGGUCGAACCAGAAUUUCUCAGAACAGGUCUUCUAGGCACCGUGAUCGAAGGAAAGAUCUUUGUGCUGGGAUUGUAUGAAGAUCGGAUUCGUCAAAAGGUUGAAUGGGUCGAGCAUGGCCAUGAAGUAGCGGAGCAUCGCUACUUCUUCGUGCAGCACCUCAUUGUGACCAUUAUGAAGAACGUGCCAAAGAUUUUUGACUGCUCUGCGUUCGACGUCUUCGUCAACGACGAACAUCUUCCCAUAGUCUUGCUGGAGUCCCAAUCGGCAUCAACAGCGCCGGCAGCAUCUGGAGGGCCUCCUCGCCAGCUGGAUACCGCUCUCCUGGACUCCCUAUCGGAGAGGUGCAUGGAAAUACUGAUGCAGGAACAUCACCUUCGGGUGUACUGCGUAAUGAUUACUGCGCCUAACACUCUCCCGAAGGUACUGAAGAAUGGCCGAAAGGAAAUUGGCAACAUGCUAUGUCGACGCGAGUUUGACCUCGGCAACCUCCCUUGUGUCCACGUGAAAUUUGGAGUUGAGAGAGCAGUUUUGAACCUCCCCAUCGGUGUUGAUCCUGUUGGUGGCAUCUGGUCACCACUUGCUUCGCAGACUCGGGAAGAUAUUCUGUCGCCAGGCGACAAGCAAUAUUCCGGCAUUGACCGCCGGGAAGUAGUCAUUGAUGAUCGCACUUCCACUCCUCUGAACAACUUCUCUAGUAUCGUCGACUUGCUACAAUGGCGGGUAGCCCGACAAGCAGAAGAGUUGUCCUACUGCACGAUUGACGGCAGAGGCAAGGAAGGUAAAGGGAUCACCUGGAAAAAGUUCGACACAAAGGUUGCAGCUGUCGCCAUGUAUUUGAAGAACAAAGUGAAGGUAAAAUCUGGGGAUCAUUUGAUACUCAUGUAUACGCACUCGGAAGAUUUCGUGUACGCGGUGCACGCAUGCUUCUGCCUCGGGGCUACGGCGAUUCCAAUGGCCCCUCUGGACCAAAAUCGUCUGAGUGAAGAUGCCCCGGCUUUUCUUCACAUGGUGGCUGAUUAUUCGGUCAAAGCCGUCUUGGUCAACCAAGAAGUCGAUCACUUACUCAAGCAAAAGCCAGUCUCGCAGCAUAUCAAGCAAUCAGCCCAAGCCUUGAAGACAGCUGUUCCUAGCGUAUAUAACACGACUAAGCCGCCGAAGCAAAAUAGUGGAUGUAGGGAUCUCGGCUUGACAAUGCAGCCAUCAUGGGUUCAAUCAGGUUACCCAGUCCUUGUAUGGACGUACUGGACCCCAGAUCAGCGUCGGAUAGCAGUUCAAAUUGGCCACGAUACCAUCAUGGGCAUGUGCAAGGUGCAAAAAGAGACCUGUCAAAUGACGAGCUCGAGACCGGUCCUGGGCUGUGUCAGAAGUACGAUGGGUUUAGGGUUCAUCCACACCUGCCUUAUGGGUACCUUCGUCGGGGCACCGACCUACCUGGUUUCACCUGUCGAGUUUGCGCAAAACCCAAUUUCUCUCUUCUUGACUUUGUCAAGAUACAAGAUCAAGGAUACUUACGCUACACCUCAGAUGCUCGAUCACGCUAUGGCCAUUAUGCCUGGUAAAGGCUUCCUCUUGCACGAGUUGAAGAACAUGAUGAUUUCAGCCGAGGGGAGACCUCGUAUUGAUGUGUUCCAAAAAGUUCGUCUCCACUUUGCUCAGACCGGGCUUGACCGCACAGCCAUCAACACCAUUUACUCUCACGUCCUCAAUCCUAUGGUUGCAUCGCGAUCAUACAUGUGCAUUGAGCCUAUUGAAUUGUGGCUGGAUACACAGGCAUUGCGGCGAGGUAUGGUCUAUCCAGUCGACCCAGAAACAGAUCCAAAGGCGCUUCUCCUUCAAGAUUCGGGAAUGGUACCUGUCUCAACACAGAUUGCUAUCGUCAAUCCGGAGAGCAGGUCACUCUGCCAUGAAGGCGAGUACGGUGAGAUCUGGGUUGAAUCGGAGGCUUGUGUAAAAUCUUUUUACGGGUCCAAGGACCCGUUUGAUGCGGAAAGAUUCGACGGCCGUACCACUGACGGUGACCCCAACAUCCAAUACGUCCGAACUGGUGAUCUCGGAUUCUUACACAAUGUGAGCAGGCCGAUUGGACCUAACGGCGCGCAAGUGGACAUGCAGGUGCUCUUCGUUCUGGGCAAUAUUGGAGAGACAUUUGAGAUUAAUGGCCUUAGUCAUUUCCCCAUGGACAUCGAGUGUUCGAUUGAGAAGUGUCACCGCAACAUCAUGCCUGGAGGCUCAGCGGUUUUCCAGGCCGGUGGCCUCAUCGUAGUACUGGUUGAGGUGGGACGCAAGGCUUACCUUGCCUCCAUUGUUCCUGUCAUAGUAAAUGCCAUCCUCAACGAGCAUCAAAUCAUUGUCGAUAUCGUAGCCUUCGUCAACAAAGGUGACUUUCCGCGAUCCCGACUAGGCGAGAAACAAAGAGGAAAGAUUUUGGCGACAUGGGUCACACGCAAGAUGCGGACUAUGGCCCAAUUUGGAAUCCGAGAUGCUGAUUCUGGCUUGUCGGAUGUCACUGAGGCUUUGGAGCCUCGAAGCGGUGUUGGGAGUGUCAGAAAUGGCAGUAUGGUUGCGAGCAGUCUUCGUCACGUUGAGUCUGCUCCGCAGAUCGUCGAAAAACGUGAAUGGGAUCGCAAUCAGAUGCAGGCUCAGAAUAAAUUCGCUCCUUUGCCCACAGGGAUCUCGGAGAUGCCAGCGACGAAGUAUAAUGACGAUAAUAUUUCACCGGGGAAAGAAAACGGCACCUCUACCAAGAGCGAUAGUACGCCAACAGAAGCUCGCUUUGAACUGCAAGGGAAUGAGUAUCCGUCCGAAAGAACCAAUUUCUCGGACAGCAGCCAUGCGUUCCAAGUCCCUGGCUUUGAGACGCCGGGUAGUUCCCCAAAAUCGGCUCCGCCCAGAGUUGGACCAAAGCCAAACAGCCCUCAGGUGACUCUGCCCGCGGUGGAAGGGCGAGAGGGGGAUAUCUGGAGUCUGCCCAGUCAGCAGCGUGGAGGUACAGGUGGAGGUGGACUCAGGGUCCUGAACGCCUCGAGCGAUGACGACGACGACGAAGAUGACUGGAAGAAAGAAGCUAUCAUGCACAUGAACCUAACGGGCCAGCGCUGA